UCUAGUUGAUAGCUGAACGUUUAGUUGGCAGUUGGACUUCAAGUUGAUAGUUGUUAGCAAUGGUGCAAGUUGAGGAUUACAAUGAGGCCACGGAAAACCAGGCAGCGGUUAACGGUCGACCCAAGUCUAAACUUUCAGAGAAAAAUGGGAACGGGAAGGAUAAAAAGAAAGAAGGAGUGGAGGACUUGAAGCAAGAAUUAGAUAUGGAUUGGCACAGGAUACCUUGGAACGAAGUUUGCACUCGUCUUGAAACCAACAUUGAAACUGGUUUGACACAGCUAAAAUUCGAAGAGAUAUUUGCCCGGGAAGGUCCCAAUAGAUUGACCCCAGCCAAAACGACCCCUGAGUGGAUCAAGUUUUGUAAACAUUUGUUUGGAGGUUUUGCAACUCUGUGGGUCGGUGCUAUCCUCUGCUUCAUCGCUUACGGAAUCCAGUCCUCAAAAUACAUUGACCCUCCUGAGGAUAACGUUUACUUGGGAGCAGUGCUGACGUUUGUGGUGGUGGUCACUGGCAUCUUCGCCUAUUAUCAGGAAGCAAAAUCAGCAGCCAUAAUGGACAGCUUCAAGAAGAUGGUUCCCCAAACAGCUUCAGUAAUACGGGGUGGGAAAAGGUCCGCGGUUGAAGCAGAAAAUCUGACAAUCGGAGAUUUGAUUGAAGUUAAAGGAGGAGACAAACUUCCAGCAGACAUCAGAGUAAUCAGCUGCUCUAGUUUUAAGGUGGACAACUCGUCACUGACCGGAGAGUCGGAGCCUCAGUCACGUGGUAAAGACUGCACUGAUGACAACCCAAUCGAGACAAAAAACCUGGCUUUUUUCUCUACCAACGUGGUUGAGGGGACAGCCAAGGCUAUCGUUAUUUCGUGUGGAGAUAAAACUGUCAUGGGUCGUAUUGCUUCUCUGGCAUCUUCCCUGGGAACUGAAAAGACACCUAUCGCUAUCGAAAUAGAGCAUUUUAUCGCCAUAAUCUCUGGAGUCGCUGUCUUCCUCGGAGUUACGUUUUUCAUCCUUGCGUUUCUCCUCGACUACGAGCCGUUAGAGGCUGUUGUGUUCCUAAUUGGUAUUAUCGUGGCUAAUGUCCCCGAGGGUCUCCUUGCAACUGUCACCGUGUGUCUGACGCUGACUGCUAAACGUAUGGCAAAGAAGAACUGUUUGGUGAAAAACUUGGAAGCUGUAGAGACACUGGGAUCUACCUCCACCAUCUGCUCUGAUAAAACCGGAACUCUUACCCAGAACCGAAUGACAGUCGCGCAUGUUUGGUACGAUUUGAAGAUUCUGAAGGGAGAUACUGUUCCCGGGAAACGAGAAAGAGAGUUUGAUUUGAAAGAACCGACCUGUAAUGCGCUGAUAAGGAUCGCGACACUUUGUAACAAAGCUGGAUUCUUAUCUGGACAGAGCGACAAACAUGUCCUUCAAAGAGAUUGUCAAGGUGAUGCCUCUGAGAGCGCUCUGUUAAAAGCAGUAGAGAUUGUAUGGGUCGACCAAGGUACUACCACUAAAGAUGUGCGCAAGAAUCAUAAAAAAGUGAUCGAAAUUCCUUUCAAUUCCACCAACAAAUAUCAAGUAUCAGUACACGAGAUGCCAGAUGAAGAUCAACAUUUACUGGUGAUGAAAGGCGCUCCUGAGCGAAUCUUAGACAGAUGCUCCUCUAUUCUUAUUGAAGGAGAAAUUAAAGACAUGCCUGCCGACAGUGAAUACCGAGCGCAGUUCGAAUCCUCCUACAUGAAACUUGGAGGAAUGGGAGAGCGGGUGCUGGGUUUCUGUCAUUCAUUCCUUGAUAAAGAGAAAUUCCCUAAAGGAUUUGAGUUUGACAAUGAGGAAGUUAACUUCCCACUGGAAGACCUCACGUUUGUUGGACUGAUGGCCAUGAUAGACCCUCCCCGUGCCAAUGUCCCUGAAGCGGUCGCCAAGUGCAAAUCUGCUGGAAUCAAAGUUAUCAUGGUUACAGGAGAUCAUCCCAUAACAGCAGCCGCUAUCGCAAAGAACGUUGGGAUUAUCACCGAGGAUGUUGCUAUGAAAAUGGAAACGGGAGAAGAGUCCAAGACGGCAGUUGUGAACGGAACUACACUAAAAGACAUGACUGAUAAGGAUCUUGACAAAUUGCUCCUGGAGCAUGAAGAGAUAGUGUUUGCACGAACCUCACCACAACAGAAGUUAAUUAUCGUAGAGGCAUUCCAGCGAGCGGGCCAGAUUGUGGCUGUUACCGGUGAUGGUGUUAACGAUUCCCCUGCUUUAAAGAAAGCUGACAUCGGUAUUGCUAUGGGUAUUUCCGGAUCGGACGUCUCCAAAGAAGCCGCUGACAUGAUCCUUCUUGACGACAACUUUGCGUCCAUUGUGGUGGGAGUGGAAGAGGGCCGCCUCAUCUUCGAUAACUUGAAGAAGUCUAUCGCUUACACUCUAACCUCGAACAUUCCUGAAAUAUCUCCCUUUCUCUUCUUUAUCGUGCUUUCCAUUCCUCUUCCUUUAGGUACUGUCUGUAUUCUCUUUAUCGAUCUGGGAACUGAUCUAUGGCCAGCUAUCUCUCUGGCUUAUGAAAAGGCUGAAUCUGACAUCAUGCAAAGAUUACCUCGUGAUCCAAUCAAAGACAGACUCGUGAACGAAAGGUUAAUCUCCCUUUCGUACGGUCAGAUCGGAAUGAUACAAGCAUCUGCGGGUUUCUUCACCUACUUUGUCAUAAUGGCAGAGAACGGCUUUAAACCCAGCACUCUUAUCGGCAUCCGUAAAUAUUGGGACGAUAGAAAUAACGAAUCUGUUGCUGAUUCUUAUGGUCAAGAAUGGUCGUACGCAGACAGGAAAGUUCUAGAGUACACCUGUCAUUCUGCCUUCUUUGUCAGUAUCGUUAUCGUACAGUGGGCUGAUGUCAUCAUCUGCAAGACUAGAAAACUCUCCGUCUUUACUCAAGGAAUGAACAACUGGGUUCUGAACACGGGGAUAUUGUUUGAGACGGCGCUGGCUGCCUUCAUGUGCUACACUCCUGGUCUUGAUAAGGCUCUCAGAGUAUAUCCUCUCCUUUUCUGGUGGUGGCUCCCUGCUCUGCCAUUCUCCCUCACUAUCUGGUUAUACGACGAGGGGAGACGAUACUUGCUACGAAGAAAUCCUGGAGGAUGGGUGGAGAAAGAAACUUAUUAUUAACAAACCGACGA